CCCCUCAUAUGUUCUCGUUACUAUGUUAUUAUACGGGCACGGCCCCUUUCCAAAAUCAGAUGCGGAAGGGCGCCUGCUUUAUUUCACGUUGUUCUCUUGUUGGAGAAUGAGCUCUUCCUCCUUGGGCACUGACACUCUCCCAGGCAGCAGGACGCAGGAGGGCGGCAUGAAGGUGAAGCAGAGCGGGGGGCAGGUGGUGGCCGCUGGCAUUACAGAGGACCAGCUGCUUAGGAAGCCCCAUAUCAGCCCGGAGGAUGUGCUGGGACUGCAGAAGAUCACAUCGGAUUACCUGUGUACCCCUGAAGAAAACGUUUACAAAAUAGACUUUACCAGAUUUAAAAUUCGUGACAUGGAGUCUGGAACGGUGUUGUUUGAAAUUACCAAGCCACCAGCAUCAGAACGUGACCACGGCGAUAAAAAGGAUGCUGAUCCUAAUGCUGGCAGAUUUGUCCGAUACCAGUUCACUCCAGCUUUCCUGCGACUGCGCCAAGUAGGAGCAACAGUUGAAUUCACAGUUGGUGAUAAGCCCAUUAAUAACUUCCGCAUGAUUGAACGGCAUUAUUUUCGUGAGCAGCUAUUAAAAAGCUUCGAUUUUGAAUUUGGCUUCUGUAUCCCCAGCAGUAAAAACACUUGCGAACAUAUCUAUGAAUUUCCACAGCUCUCUGAGGAUCUAAUUCGCGAAAUGAUUCUGCACCCAUAUGAGACACAAUCGGACAGUUUCUACUUUGUGGACAACAAACUUGUGAUGCACAACAAGGCAGAUUAUUCAUAUAGCGGAGGUCCGUGAUCCCCAAAAAUAGCACGAGCGAGAAAGCAUCAACAGCAGUCCCCUUUCCCCAUAGCAGUUACGUAAGGGAUAACACCCACUUUCCGUAGGCAAACAAUCCAGGAAACAAUAUACUGUUUGCAAGUAGGAGAUUUUUGGCUGUACCCCAGUCUUUGUAGCACAUUCAGAUAGUGCAAGAAUCGUCAAACUGCAAAAUCUGAGGCAGUGGACUUCAUCAGCCCUUCCCAACAUGAAUGUGGGAUAAGGAUAAACCUAAAUAAAUACUUCUCUCUUGCUCCAUAUAAAGGGUUGUUCUCCUGGAACAAGGACUCUUGCAUCUUAUCUAAGUCUUCUUAGGACCAACCUUUCUCAUAUGACAGGCUUGUGAGUUCUUCAUCAAUAUUCUUGCCUCUAUCUAAGAGAAGAAAGGACAAAAAAAUCAUUCAGUAGUUUCUUUUUUUACUAAAUGUCAGCUUGGGAAAAAAACAUUGUUAUCAAGGAAAUCCAAGCCAAAGAUUUAAUCAGUUCUUCCUCUUUGGGCUUGCACUUGUUAGGAUUCUUGUUAUUCUCUAGGCAUUAAGUAUUGUUUGACAUUUUCCCAUUCAUUUCUAAUGAGAUGGCUAUUACACAAAAAACAAACACAAAAUUGUGCAUAGAUCGUUAAGGAUUAAGUGUUCCAUCCAUGAUUGCAAAUUACAUUAUUAUUGAGUCCAGCCUAGUUACCUAUGAGUCUGAAGCAAUGAGGCCCAUCCAAGGUAAAACCUGAUCUGAUAUAUUUGAAAUAAGUUUUGUUUACGGUUACACUGUAUUGUGCAGAAAUAACAAUAUUAGCAAUGUAAUCCAUCAUGGAGACUAGAACGGAGUACAAUCAGUAACAACCUGUGAGCAAUUGUUUGUUUUUUUCCUUUAUUUUUUUUUGUCUUUAAUUUAAAUAUCACCAAGAAGCGCUGCAUAUUUAUUUCAAAUGGUCCGGUCCUCCUCCUGGGGAACAAGCUCACAGAGGCAAGUAUUUUUUUUUUCUUUUUUUGAUUGCAGUAAAUGCACAUUUAGAAUUCCAGUCAGUUGAGCAAUAAUUCCAUGUAUAAUACAAUAUCAUGAAGAUUGUGAAUAGCUUCAAUUUUGGAGGUCUUUUUCGUUUCUUCUUCCUCUUCUUGAUGAUGAUGAUAACUACACAAUUUAUUUUUAAAAAGAAAAAAUGCUGUGGCACCUAUAUUGGGAAGAGGAGAAGAUCUCCAGAUGCAUUGGAACAGCUAUACAGAUUUCCAGUAAAUAUGAUCAAGUCCAGCCAUUAGUAUCUUCUCUGACAUUUUUGUAAUGAGCUUCCAAAAUGCUGCAGCUGUGCUCUUGGUGUUGGGGCAGAAUAAAUGAAUUGCUGUAUAUUUUAUGAGACCAUCAAAUGUAAAUAAGCAUUUAUAUUUAAGGAUUAACCUCACCAAAACCAAUUAACAUACAUUGAUAAAAAAAAAAACCCAAUUCCAGUUCUCAUUGUUUUUUUAACAAUAUGACUUUAUCAUCAUGUAUUUUCUUUCUUUAGAACAAAUUUAUUGUAUUUUGCUGACCUGGAAUUUCAGAUUUCUUCCUUGAAACAUGUUUGACGAUGCUGCGAGAUAUUCCGCUAACGGACAUUUAAAUAACUAGUUUAUAAUGCAGGUAAAUGGCUGUCCCUACAGUGCAUACGUACGGCUGGGUAACGAUGAGACCGAAGAAAGAAUUCACUUUUGAUAUUUCAUUAUUUUAAUAACUGUCACUUAUCAAAUGCAUAUUUUUCACUUUACCGAAUCCACCAUUUUCUGUAUAAAUAAGGAGGGAGUCUUUACAGCUGCAAGUUGUAGAUAUUUCUAUGUAUAAUUAUAAAUAAAGAAUGUCUGUCUGUUUGAGGAUUAAGUAGAAUGUAAUAUGUGCACUUCAGAUAAUUGUUACUGUAAGUAUCAUAGAUUUUAACAAAGUACCGCCACCAGCUUGGUAGAGGGGUCAUUUCAGUCUUGUUUGUGUUCUGACUUAAUUAUAGUAAACUUUUGUGAAAUGAAA